GGGUCUCGCGGUACCGCACAGUCCGCGUUGUGCCGUCGCGGAUCGAGUCGGGUGAACGUGCAACGGAAACCCCGACUGCUGCGUGGUACCGACGGAAUAUAUUCGAAAAAUCGGGACGGUUGGAAUUUUUUUUUUUUAAAUUCGCACUACGAUUACCCGAAUCAUUUAUCGAACGCAUAAUCGAAUCCGAUUUUCAAUCCGAUUCUCUAUAUUUUUUUUUCUUUUUUUUUCUCACGCACACGUCGCACGCGCUAUAAUCGAGGGGUGGUUUCGCACAGGAUCGUGGUUUGAAACGACGCAACUGAAUAUAAUUAUUUACGCAUAAGACGUAACGAUAGACAAGAAAAUGUACGCAGAUAUCGCAGUGAAUUCUUGAGAAGCGUCUUCGGCCCCAGUUUUCAGUGAAGUAAAAUGAGAUUGUUCGUUCUAUUCGCUCACCCCGGAUUCUCUGGCCAAUUAAAAUUUUCAUCCAGUGUUUUAAUUGCGACGUCCUUGCGAUAAUCAGCGAUAGUCGGUGAUCAAAAGGUGAGAAUAAAUCAACCAGGCGAAGUGCAGAGGUACCGGUGCACACAUACACCCCAUGACCUAGUCUCGUAUGUUAUACCCCCAUACGAGUACGUGUAGAUCUAGAUGGGGAUCCCUCGGAUUGGUUAUCGGAAGAAGUAAAUAUCAUCGGGGGCGGUGCUCGCGUCGGCUGGAAUGCCUGCGUGAAACACAAGCCCCAUUUUCAUGUGAAAUUGACGAAGUAUAAAAACGGUAAAAUUGUCGAACUUGAUCGUUCAAGAAGUGAUAAUCCCUAUAAACGCGCUUCGCUAUAAUAAAGGUGAAAGAGGAACGUUCGGAAAACUGCGCGCGUGUGUUUAUGUAUCCGCACAGAAGACGGAGUGUGUGAAGUAAGGGAUAAAGAAAAAAAAAAAUAGAAUUUUUUUUUUCAAUAAAAUAAACGACAAUAUGGUGGCUCAAGAGAUGGCUCAGGGUUACACCCGACUUCUUCACGGCGCCCAGGAACCCCAGGAGUUCACCUCGCUCGAGGAAUUGAAACCGAGAUUGCUGCAGGAGCAUCACAAUCGCAACCAAACGGUUUCGACCACCACCAAUUCGCAGCUUUAUCAUCAUCCCGGGGAACAACAACCCCAACAAGAACAGACUUAUUACACACUCAGCGAGAUGCCGGAGGGCUUGUCGUGUUCGACGGUGUAUUUCGGGGAGAUCGACACGGGCGUCGACGAGCUGACGGUGUCCGCCAGCGGAGGUGCCGGCGGACCCUUGGGAGGCGGCGUUCCGACCCCCAGAGGACCCGGGGGGGCCGAAGCGGCACCGCACAUGGAAACGCUGCAGCAGGGGAGCGGAGGGGUGGACGGUGUCGGGGUGGUGACCCACCACUUUCAAAACGUCACCCACCACCAGCACCAUCAUCACCAUCACCAACACCAUCAGAGUCAGAGUCCGAAUAAUUAUUCGGCCCACACACCCCUCCACACCCAACCCUCGGAGUCACCGUCCUCGGUCGAUGGAUUCGUCACGUCGUCGAGGAAACGAAAAGUUUCUUGCAACGACCUGAGCGAAAUCCAGAGCGAUGUUGGGGACGAUGCAAAAUCCGUUCGCACCAACGACGACAGCAAAAAGCAAAAUCACAGUGAAAUUGAAAAACGCCGACGCGAUAAGAUGAACACCUACAUAACGGAACUUUCGGCGAUGGUCCCCAUGUGCCAUGCAAUGUCAAGGAAGUUAGACAAGCUUACUGUUUUAAGGAUGGCCGUUCAACAUCUCAAGACCAUCCUAGGCGCCACCACGCCGUACACGGAAGGGCAUUACAAGCCGGCCUUUCUGAGCGAUCAGGAACUCAAAAUGCUCAUCCUGCAGGCAGCCGAAGGUUUCGUGUUUGUGGUAGGCUGCGAUCGUGGCCGUAUCCUUUACGUUUCAGAAUCCGUAUCGAAAACGCUGAAUUAUUCUCAGGGUGAUUUGCUGGGUCAAAGUUGGUUCGAUAUACUGCACCCGAAAGACGUUGCCAAGGUCAAGGAACAGCUGUCGUCGUCCGAUCUCAACCCCAGAGAAAGAUUGAUCGACGUCAAGACCAUGCUUCCGGUUAGAACGGACGUACCGCAGGACGUUUCGAGACUAUGUCCCGGUGCUAGAAGAUCAUUUUUUUGUCGAAUGAAACGUAAACUCGACAACGUGCGAUGCGGAGAUCCCCAGGUUAAAGAGGAGGCCGAUACAACAACCGGAUGUCAUCGUAGAAAGAAACAGCAAAACAUUGAGCGCAAAUAUUGCGUGAUCCAGUGUAUGGGUUACCUAAAGUCGUGGGCACCGACUAAAAUUGGCCUUGAAGAACAAGAAGGCGAGGGCGAUGGGGAGACGUGUAAUCUUUCGUGUCUUGUAGCUGUGGGGAGAAUUCAACCGUCGAUUUCCGCUUUGUCAGCACCACGAAGACCCCAGCUUCGCACCAUUCAAUUCGUAUCGCGUCACGCAAUGGACGGAAAAUUUUUAUCGGUUGAUCAGAGAGCCACCCUGGUACUCGGAUUCCUCCCUCAAGAAUUACUGGGCACGAGUAUGUACGAGUAUUACCAUCACGACGAUAUCCCUCACCUGGCCGAGUCCCACAAAGCGGCUCUUCAAGUUUCCGAACAAAUCACCACGCAGGUGUACAGGUUUCGGAGUAAAGAAGCGAACUUCGUUAGGAUGCAAUCCGAAUUAAAGUCCUUCAGGAACCCCUGGACAAAGGACGUCGAAUCUUUGAUAGCCAAGAACUCUGUGAUAUUUUCCGACGCGAGACAAGUCGAGAGCAGCGCGACGAGAUCUGAAGGAUCGAGCGUUCAAGGAAACUUUGAUUACUUCACCCAAAGCAACGGCGGUCUAGAGAGACUGAUCACAAGCCACGUAGAAGUGAGCAAAAUCGGUCGACAAAUAGCUGAGGAAGUACUGGACUCGCAGCGCAGAGGGGAAGACUCAUCCCUAGGGAGCAGUCCGGAUCCCGGAUCAGAACCUACCUCCAGAAACACAGAGUCGCAGAUAUCGACGACGGUCUCCUCUGACAAAGUUUUGAAAAUCACAGCGCCCGGUGUGAGCAAUGAAAACAGCAGCUCCGAUACAACGAGAAAUCCCAUGAGAAACAACGUGCAAUUGAACAGCACCCCUAACGAUCAAGGUGUAGCACCGGAUGAAGGGAUGAUCGAAAUGAUGGGGGGUGCCAUCAUCAACGAAUCUCCCAACCCGAUGCCAACUGACGGAAAUGACGAGGCAGCUAUGGCUGUUAUAAUGAGUCUUCUUGAGGCUGAUGCGGGCUUAGGGGGUCCUGUAGACUUUUCGGGACUGCCUUGGCCACUUCCGUAAUUAUGAAACUGUUACGUCGAAGGAUAAUUGUAACGCAAGAAAUGACACAAGUGAAACGGUGAUCUCCAUACGAGUGUUUUUAGAGGAUAAUCGGGAACGUGUAAAUAUAUAGAUAUUAUAUAGCUACAUCGUUGAAAAUGUGGUGUAUAUGUAAAAUUAUGCUGUUCGUGUGAUUAAUGCAUAAUUGAAUUAAUUGUAGGUUUGAAAAUUUCAGCGGGUCUGAAUUUUGAAGCGGUAAAAAGUUAGAAAAUUAUUCAUUGUUCGAAUGUGUGUUGUGAUCGUUUAAUAUUGUGUCUGCGUCCAAUAAUCGAUUGACUAACUUUUCAUCGAAGGUACGACCUGAAGACCUGAAGAUGACUAAUUCGGAUAAUUUAAAAUGCUGUUGAUAUGUAAGGACAUCGAUGUGUGUACAAUAACAACGGAGGACCAAGGCUGUGUACAAUGAAUUUAAAUCACCGCGUCUGGAUCGAGUUUAACGUUAUUACCGUAAGAUAAAAGAACGAAUGAAUAAUGCAGAACUGUUUGUAUGUAUGUAUGGCUUCGAAAUAAUUACGACGUAAGAUAUCGUCGUGGUUUAAAAGACUGGUAAACAUUGCAGUGACUAACGAAAAUUGGUGUGCAACGGAAAUGGUUUGAUACUAUGCGUGAAUAACUUAUUGUUAGACUUUUGCGCGGAGAUUUCGAUCCGGAGGUGAAGUAUAGAACUGUAAAAAAAAAUGGGCGCUUGCAAAUGUCAACUAUGGUGAUCGCUACGGUACCUCUAACUCUAGUCUAAAAUAUCUUUUUAUAUAUUUUAUUAUUUUGUGUUUCUCAACAGCAUAUAAUUGCAUAUUGCUGAAUAAUAAUAAAUUACAUCCCAAAAA